GUUUAAUCAGAUGUCUCUGGAUGCUUCUUCUUCCUUCUUCGUUCCCGGGUUAAAUUACAAACAGCGAAAGGUUUUCAACACAAUCGAAGAAGAUAAUGGCGUCGUUUCUCCAGAGAUUAGUUGAUCCCAGGAAGAAUUUCUUAGCUCGUAUGCAUAUGAAGUCUGUUUCUAAUCGCCUUCGAAGAUACGGUCUUAGAUACGACGAUCUCUAUGAUCCUUUGUAUGACUUGGAUAUUAAGGAAGCUCUUAAUCGGUUACCGAGAGAGAUCGUUGAUGCUCGGAACCAGCGUUUAAAGCGUGCAAUGGAUCUUUCUAUGAAACAUGAGUACCUCCCAGAUAAUCUUCAGGCAAUGCAGACACCAUUCAGGAGCUACCUCCAAGAUAUGCUGGCUCUUGUGAAGCGGGAGAGAGCUGAGCGAGAGGCUUUGGGAGCUUUACCUCUCUACCAAAGAACCAUUCCUUAAGCAUCUUAGUCUCUUGUACUAUAACUAAAGCCCACUUAACCAAACGGAUCCUUAUCUUCUCGCUGUUUUAUUUCUCUUUUAGACUCCAAUCUACUACACAAUUUACCUUUAAUGGUUAUGUACGGUUCACUUAAACACUGAACUUAUCCAUAAGAUUGAUGUCUAAUGUAACCUUGAUUGAGGUAGAUGUUAAUGUUUACACGAUUCCUCAAAAGAUACCUCUUUAAAACAUUUUUUACAUGAAUCAUAUACAACGAUGCUUUGCACGGUCUGGUGAAUAUAUAAGUGUUGAGGUA